AUGAGCUGCUGCAAGGAGCCCAGGAGCUCCUGGGUGUUUCCCACUGCCAUGCUCUCGCUUUAUGGCUUCUUCGCCAACUGCAGACCAGCAGAGCCUUUCUUGACACCCUACUUAGUGGGCCCCUACAAAAACAUAUCUGAGGAGCAGGUGACAAAUUAUCUUUUUCCCAUUUGGACAUACUCCUACCUGGCUUUGCUUUUGCCUGUGUUCCUACUGACAGACUUGCUGCGCUACAAAGUGGUCAUCGUGGCUCAGGGACUGUUCCUGGUCAAUAACUACAUCCUGCUCUGCUUUGCUCAAGGCCUGACUGCAAUGACUGUCCUGCAGGUUAACUUUGCCAUUGUGACAUCCACAGAGGUUGCGUACUUCUCCUACAUUUACAGCAUUAUCUCUGUGAGGCUCUACCAGCGGGCAACUGGGUACUUGCGCAGCGCCAUGUUGACUGGCUACACUUUUGGGUCCUUCUUGGGCCAGGUGCUUGUAUCAGUAGCCGGAGUGAGUUACUUCUGUGUCAAUGCCAUCACUCUUGGUAUAGUGAGUGUGGCAUUCGUUGUGUCCUUCUGCCUACCUACGCCCCACCGCGGUAUGUUCUUCAGAGGAGAGACGGAGGUGCCAACCACUCAGGAACACCACAGUGCUGCCGAAGAGAACACAGAGGGAGCAGAGGAAGAAAGCACACAGGUGGCAGGAGGGGGCUGGUGCAGCUGGAACACCAUUGCUCAUGCAGGACAUCUCCUGUGGAGGAGCUUCUUGCAAUCAUACUCCUCCAAACAGCUUGUAUACUGGUCCCUGUGGUGGGCACUGGCCACAGCUGGCUACUUCCAGAUCUUCAAUUAUGUACAGCUCAUGUGGAAUCAUAUUGAACCUUCUGGUAGCUCAUCGGUCUACAAUGGGGGUGUGGAGGCCAUAGCUACGCUCUUGGGAGCUGGAGCUGCAUUCACCAUAGGACAUGUCAAGGUGACUUGGGAGGUGUGGGGAGAGGUGGCGCUGGGCAUGUUCUCGGCGGUGGCUGCCGCCGCUGUGUUCUUAAUCGGCCUCACCAGCAGCAUCUGGGCCAGCUAUGCUGGCUACAUCAUCUUCAAGGCCUCCUACAUGCUGCUGAUCACCAUCACUAUGUUCCAGAUUGCGGAGAAUUUGUCGAUGCAAUGCUACGCCCUGACCUUCGGCAUCAACAACUUUACUGCAGUCCUGCUGCAGACCACCGUCACAGCUAUUGUUGUUGAUGAGCAUGUGCUGGGAAUGGACAUUGUCUCACAGUUCGUAAUUUACGGCACCUACUACGCUGCCAUCUCCCUGCUGUUCAUGAUUCGAGGGACAUACACUGCGUGUCAACACUACUGCAGGCUCAGGCUGGAUCGGGAAUCGAGGGAGGACACAAAAACCGAAGCGAUCUCCUCCUAUAAGUUUUGACCGCAGAAAGAACCAGCACUUAACCCAAUACUGCACAAGGAUUUCCCCCAUACUUACAAAUGUAUCGGAGGACUUGCAUACUAAUAACAAAUUUGCUACUUUUUUGUUUAAAUUUUCUAAAUUUGUUUAAAUUCAAUUCUUCAUUCAAAUGCUUGGUCGAUCUGUUACUGUGAGCAAAUUCCAUG